UCAACGCGACUGCUGUAGUUGUGUCUGGUGACAUUGGCACUUACAUGCCCGCGUCCGCGCUUUCGUAAAAUCUGGCUGCGUCAGGGUUCACCCCAAAGCACCGUCGCCGCCGUCAUGGACGAAGCGGAGGACGGCGAUGAAGACCACAAAGAGACUCGCAGGGUCUACAUCCUUGACUCUUCCUCCAAGAUGAAGACUGUAGCGCCAGGAGGGGGAGCAGCGAGCAGCAGGAUCUCCAACAACAAGGACUUCGCCUCAUGUGGACGCAGCACGGAAUCCGCCGCGCUCCUCGGACACGGAGACGCUUCCCGGAGCGGCGCUCAUUCUGACGGCGAGGAUGCCACCGGAAUGAGAUGCGUGAUCAACGGAGACUGCCGAAGAGACGACAGCGUGUGCUCAGUCCUCUCCAAGCCGGAGAAUCAGACAGGUGGAGGCUUCCCAGCAUCUGCAUGUCACUCCAGCACCUCCAGCAUGGACGGCUCGGUCACUCCUGCCGCCGCCGCUGCUCCUCCCGCGGACAAGAAGGACUCCAGGGUGUCCUUCUCCAGCGCCGCACCUGCGCACGGACAGAGCCCGAGCAACCCAGGGGGCAAUUCCGUCAGCUUCUCCAAGUCUGAGGAUGGCCAGAUCACGGCGGACGAUGGGGAAGCCAGGGACAAUCAAACUUACAUGCAGAGGCAGUUUAGCGCCAUGCUGCAGCCCGGGGUUAACAAAUUCUCCCUGCGUAUGUUUGGGAGCCAAAAGGCAGUGGAGAAGGAGCAGGAGCGGGUCAAAUCAGCCGGCAAUUGGAUUAUUCAUCCGUACAGUGAUUUCAGGUUCUACUGGGAUUUCACAAUGCUAAUGUUCAUGGUGGGCAACUUGAUUAUCAUUCCCGUGGGCAUCACCUUUUUCAAGGAGGAAACGACCACCCCUUGGAUUAUCUUCAAUGUUGUGUCCGACACGUUCUUCCUCAUGGACCUGGUACUGAACUUCCGUACGGGCAUAGUGUACGAAGACAACACCGAGAUAAUACUGGACCCUGAAAAGAUCAAGAAGAAGUACCUUAAGACGUGGUUCGUGGUGGACUUUGUCUCAUCUAUUCCAGUGGAUUAUAUCUUUCUCAUCGUAGAGAAAGGCAUUGACUCUGAGGUUUACAAGACGGCUAGGGCUCUGCGAAUAGUGCGUUUCACCAAGAUCCUCAGUUUACUGCGACUUCUUAGACUGUCCAGGCUGAUCCGGUACAUUCAUCAGUGGGAGGAGAUCUUUCAUAUGACCUAUGACCUGGCCAGUGCAGUGAUGCGCAUCUUCAAUCUGAUUGGCAUGAUGCUGCUGCUGUGCCACUGGGAUGGCUGUCUGCAGUUCCUGGUGCCCAUGUUGCAGGACUUUCCUUCGGACUGUUGGGUGUCCCUUAACAAGAUGGUGAACGACUCGUGGAGUGAGCUGUACUCCUUUGCCCUGUUCAAGGCCAUGAGCCAUAUGCUGUGUAUCGGGUACGGACGCCAGGCUCCUGAGAGUAUGUCUGAUAUCUGGUUGACCAUGCUGAGUAUGAUCGUGGGAGCCACCUGCUACGCCAUGUUCAUUGGUCACGCCACUGCCCUCAUACAGUCAUUGGACUCUUCCAGGCGCCAGUAUCAGGAGAAGUACAAGCAAGUCGAGCAGUACAUGUCUUUCCACAAACUUCCGGCCGACUUUCGGCAGAAGAUCCAUGACUAUUAUGAGCACAGAUAUCAGGGAAAGAUGUUCGACGAGGAAAGCAUUUUGGAAGAACUGAAUGAACCAUUACGAGAGGAAAUAGUCAACUUCAACUGCCGGAAGCUGGUGGCGUCCAUGCCGCUGUUCGCCAACGCAGAUCCAAACUUUGUGACAGCAAUGUUAACUAAGCUGCGCUUCGAGGUCUUCCAACCAGGAGAUUACAUCAUUCGUGAGGGAACCAUCGGCAAAAAGAUGUACUUUAUUCAGCACGGCGUAGUCAGUGUCCUGACCAAAGGGAAUAUUGGCAUGAAGCUCUCUGACGGCUCCUAUUUUGGGGAGAUCUGCCUGUUGACCCGUGGAAGACGAACUGCCAGUGUACGGGCAGACACCUACUGCCGACUGUACUCCCUCUCUGUGGACAACUUCAAUGAAGUACUGGAGGAGUACCCCAUGAUGAGGAGAGCAUUUGAGACAGUAGCCAUUGACCGCCUUGAUCGAAUUGGAAAGAAGAACUCCAUCCUGAUGCACAAAGUACAACAUGAUCUCAAUUCUGGCAUUUUCAACAACCGUGAGAAUGAGAUGAUCCAGGAGAUUGUGAAGUACGAUAGGGAAAUGGUUAAACUGGUUAAACAAGGGGACAUGCAGAGGCCCAGGGCCAUGUCCAUGACUCCGUCAACUCAUGGGAGUAUGUUUGGACCUUCUAGUCAGCCCUCUACAAGUUCUGCCAUUGCUACUCUCCAGCAAGCUGUUGCCAUGAGCUUCUGUCCCCAGAUGGGCAACCCUCUAGUGGGUUCUGGAUCUGUCCAGUCUCCCCGUAUGGUGCGGCGAUUCCAGGUCGUCCAGACUCAGACACCCCCAGGCUCCCAGUACUCCACCUUAGCCCGUGCCUCUGCUCUUGCAAGCACACCUGUCCAUAGCCCUCUGGCAACUACCGGUCGAACAUUUCAGUAUGGUUCAAGCCCCCCAGGUGCACCCUCAGGCUCCCAGUUAUCCCUUGUACAGCAACUAGUCCCUAGUCCCACACAUCGACCAGCAGUCCCCAGGAGCACUCUCACCCAGGAUGCCCGUGCCCUUUCCGCCUCCCAGCCAUCCCUACCCCAUGACAUGAUGCAGCCAGUUGCUCCAAGCCCUCCCCAGUCUACCAGAGUCUCUUCUACUUCCAUCGGUCCCCCUCAGAACCUCCCAGGUCCCGCUGGUCUUAGGGGAAGUAUCCCACCAAGAAUGGCACUGCCACACCAAAUGUCUGUGGGUGCAUUUCCUCCUGCCUCCCUUCCCCAGAUGAGACCUAGCUUGGAUUCAGGUCUUCCCAAGAAGGAUUCAAUAAGCAGCCUCCCAGAAACAGAACAACAUCACAUUAGAUCUAGAUUAUCAUCAAAUUUGUGACCUCGAUAGCGUUGGUGGUCUCUGCCUCGGUCAGGAACAUAUGGACCUUUCUUCUCCAAGAACUCCUGCAGAACCCUAGUCACACCUUUGGAUUUUAUUCUCAGAAUGUAUGUGGUUGUGACUGGCCACAAGGGCAAACAAACCCUCAAAACUUUCUAGCAUAAAACAAACAUGUCUGUAUCAUUCUUACCACAAUUGGGACAAUUGAUUCCAUUGUAUCUAUGAUAUAAACAUCAAUGUAGCUUCCACCCUCACACUUUGCCUCUUUGAAAUGGUUUUCUUUAUUGUAGCUGUUCACAGAGAUUACAAAUGUACCCACUCCCUUUUAUAUACUGUAGUACAAAUGAUGCAAGCUGAUAUGUGUCUAAAUACCGGGACUUAGCAGUUUGCUGCUGAUCACAACGUAGGAGCUUUCUUCCUCUUCUCAACUUGAACCGGCUAGACAUUAGAUAUAUAACCUAUAAUGCACAAAAUUAGAAUUGCUAUUAAAAAUAAAGGUGUGUUUGAUGACUUGAGAGCCCCAAACUGUUUUGAAAUGGGAUGUAUUCUUACUGCAACUGCUGUCUUUGUCUUAUUCCUUCAGACCAAAGUUGGGCCAAAGUAAAAUUUUAACAUGAUCUGACAUGUAAAGCUGUGUCAAAUGAAAUGAAAGGAUAAAAAAAGAUUUGAUUGCCUUGGUUUUGCAUAAAAACCUGUGUAUGACUACAAGUGUUUCUUACCUGUCCCACAACAGACCAGAUUUCACCAUCUUGAUUUAGUUUUGGGACAAUUAAAUGAAUCGAUAGUUUCCUAAUUACCGUUUAUAGGAGUGAGUACCACAUACAUUUUGAGCAAAUUAUGCUGCUGAAGUAGGAAGGGUAAUGACUGGGAGACUAAUUUGCCCUUAUCCGGUGCAUUCAAUUGCAUUUAAGUCUUAAUUACAAAGGACUUAAGUAGCUUUUUCACAAAGGUCAGCUUUUCAUAAUCAAUGAGCUAGUUAUUUCAUAGACUGCGACUCUGUCCUGUUUAUAAAAAGCCUUUUCCUUUCUAAAAUAAAGCACAGUGUGUGUGAACAUGACUUAAAGCAACACCACUUCCACGCUAGAGUAAAAAAACAGAGUUUUACUAUUUUUAAACCCAUUUAGCUGACCUCCGGGAUCAUUUUUAGCUUAGAAUAAAUCAUUGAAACGGAUUAGACCAUUACAAUCUAGCUCAGCUUGACUCUUCUGUAGUUACAUCAUGGACUAAGACCAACAGAUCUAUUUUCUAGAUUAAUAAGUCCAGAUACUAUACUCUCAUUUUGGCAAAAUAUUCAAGGAACUUUGCUGCAGUACCAUGGCUGCAGCAGGGGCAAUGAUAUUAGGCAGGGCUGCUACCUAGUUACCAAGCUGGGGACUAUUUUCAGGUGCUGCAUAAUAUCAUUGCGCCUACUGCAGCCAUAGUACUACAGCAAAGUUCCUUGAUUAUUAUACCAGAAUGAGAGAAUAGUUCCUACUGUAGGUGUAUUGGCAUAGAAAAUACCAUAUUUUCAUUUUACGUCGGUCUUAGUACAUGAUGUAACUGCAAAAGAGUCAAGCUUUAAAUCGGAAAAUGAUCAAGACCCAGAGAUCGGCUGCAUGGAUUAAAAAAUGGUAAAACCCAACUUUUAACUCUAGGGGACUUUUGCCUAUUUCCAAAAAUGUGUAGUGUUCCUUUAAUGCCCAAGUCUAAAGCAGUUACUACACACUCAGGGCAAGUGAGUUUAUGCGAGCGAGUACAUUCGAGAUGAUUACCCCCUCCUCUAAAAUGUGACCAGAUCUAUCAGGCGACGACGAGUCUCUGCGCUAUCUGUUGUUUUGGAGCGCUAAAUAACUCGCUCGCCAUGGCUACCUAAUGAGGUCUGAUGUCCUCUCAGUCUUUUAAUCCUUGAAAACCUAUUUAUAUUCUGCUGUUAUUUACCAUUUCACAACUUGAAAGACACUAUAAGAUCUGCUAUAGCUGCUCCUGUUUGUACUUCACAUCCCAGAGACAAAGCCAAGCACGGAUUGAUCAUUUAGGAUUUCUAAAACAGAAGAAAAUGGGCAGAUGGCUGAAAAUAGCAUCAGACUGUUCAUAUGAAAGGUUUGAACUCAAUCAUAAUGUCUUUGCCUUGUAAAAUAAAAAAAAAGUAGUUUGAUCAAUUCCCUACAGACGCUGCGAAUUAAAAAAAAAUCUUAUAGCUGCUUUUAAUGAUGCACAUGUCCUCAGUUUUAUGUUGCACCAAACACAGAUGUUGGUUUUAUUUAA